CCUAAUAAUACGUACAUAACCUAGUGCAUAGUACCUAUUGGUAGGUAGUAACGGGUACACAACACCCACACCCACACCACACCAGCAGCACAGUGACCACACACCUACCUUAUUGCAUUACAUUAUUGUACAUACAACGGUGCAAGCUUGCAAAAGGUGCAAUAUCACAACGCGGUCGACACAAAAAAUUGUCCAGCCCUUUUUUUUCAACUUCCUCCCCCUUCUCUAUUAUUCCUUCGGGUUGUCAGCAACAGCGACAUUCCAUACCCGUCGUCGUCGUUGUCGUCGUCGUCGUUGAGGCUUGCCCAUUCUAGGCUGCCUCAGGUUCUCUCUGGUUUCCCUCUAUUCGUUCCAUACAACUUUCUAGCGGCUGUGGGCUCUUCUUCGUCCAGUACAUAACCUCUCCUCUCGCUUGUCGUUUGUGUGUCCGCUCGUCGUCCAAACUCCACAAAUCAACACGAAUGCCUCUUGCUCUCGCCCUUCCCUGAUAAAAAGUGUCCUAAAAUCCUCCCGUCUUCCGCGACGCGGCCGAACCUACUUUCUAUUCUAUACUCGAUCCGACUUCUCAACAGCCUCCCAUGUCGCAUACCUACGAUGUCGGUACGAGAGCUUGGCAGCCAGAUGUCACCGAGGGCUGGGUGGCAUCCGAGGUUAUCAAGAAAACCAUCGAUGGCGACAAGGUGCACUUGGUCUUCAAGCUCGAAAAUGAAGAGACCAAAACAGUAACCCUCUCGGCGGAGGCCCUGGGAAAUUCUAGCGACCCGUCGUUGCCUCCGUUGAUGAACCCCUCCAUGCUAGAAGCUAGUGAUGAUUUAACAAAUUUGUCUCACUUAAACGAACCUGCCGUGCUCCAGGCUAUCAAGCUACGAUAUGCGCAGAAAGAGAUCUAUACGUACAGUGGUAUAGUGCUGAUUGCUACAAAUCCUUUUGCUAGAGUCGACUCUCUCUAUGUCCCGGAUAUGAUUCAGAUUUACGCUGGCAAGCAGAGGGAGACGCAAGCGCCCCAUCUGUUUGCCAUCGCUGAAGAAGCUUUUAUGAAAAUGGUAAAAGACAACAAGAAUCAAACUGUUGUAGUGUCGGGAGAGUCUGGUGCUGGAAAGACUGUCAGUGCUAAGUAUAUCAUGCGAUACUUUGCCACAAGAGAAUCCCCAGACAACCCAAGCGGUCGUAAGAAGGGAUCCGACGCGAUGAGUGAGACGGAGGAGCAGAUUUUGGCAACUAAUCCCAUCAUGGAAGCUUUUGGCAACGCCAAAACGACAAGAAACGACAACUCGUCCAGAUUCGGAAAGUAUAUCGAGAUUAUGUUUGACAAUAAGACAAACAUUAUUGGAGCUAGGAUCCGUACGUAUCUUCUCGAGCGGUCGAGGUUGGUCUUUCAACCCCUGAAGGAGAGGAAUUACCACAUUUUCUACCAGCUCUUGGCCGGAGCAUCAGAUAAGGAAAGGAAAGAGCUUGAUCUGUUACCGGUCGAGCAAUUCGACUACCUCAACCAAGGAAACUCUCCUACGAUCGAUGGAAUGGACGACAAGGCUGAAUUGGCAGCUACUAAGAGCUCGCUCAAGACGAUCGGCGUAGACGAGACUCAGCAGUCCGGCAUCUUCAACCUCCUUGCCGGUUUACUGCACCUAGGUAAUGUAAAGAUCGGUGCCUCCAGGAAUGACAGUGUGCUGGCUCCUACCGAGCCCUCCUUAGAGAAGGCAUGCUCCAUUCUCGGAAUUGACGCUACCAACUUUGCCAAAUGGAUCGUAAAGAAGCAGCUUGUUACCCGUGGUGAAAAGAUCGUGUCCAACUUGACGCAGCAGCAAGCCCUAGUCGUGCGAGACUCCGUUGCUAAAUUUAUAUACUCGAGUUUGUUUGAUUGGCUUGUAGAGGUCAUCAAUAGGAGUCUUGCUACCGACGAGGUUUUGAGCCGUGUCAGCUCCUUCAUCGGUGUUCUCGAUAUCUACGGAUUCGAGCACUUCGCUAAGAACUCUUUCGAGCAGUUCUGUAUUAACUAUGCCAAUGAAAAGUUACAGCAGCAGUUCAACUCCCACGUGUUCAGACUCGAACAGGAAGAAUACGUCCGAGAACAAAUUGACUGGAAGUUCAUCGAGUUUUCUGACAACCAACCGUGUAUUGAUUUGAUCGAGGGCAAACUAGGUAUUCUAUCUCUCCUGGACGAGGAGUCCAGGUUACCCAUGGGUGCGGAUGAGCAGUUCGUUACCAAGCUUCAUCACAACUUUACUCCCAACAAGAACAAGUUCUACAAAAAACCCCGGUUUGGCAAGUCAGCUUUCACCGUCUGCCAUUAUGCCGUCGACGUCACCUACGAGUCAGAGGGCUUUAUUGAGAAGAAUAGGGACACUGUGCCGGAUGAGCACAUGGAAAUUCUCCGUGCUACGACGAACAAAUUCUUGAGCCGAGUGCUCGCUGCUGCAUCCGCUGUCCGCGAGAAGGAUGUCGCCGCUUCUGGCUCUGCUGUGGCUAAGCCCACCCCCGGGCGGAAGAUAGGAGUUGCUGUUAACCGCAAGCCGACUCUCGGUGGUAUCUUCCGCUCGUCGCUCAUCGAGCUCAUGAACACAAUUGGCCAAACCAAUGUUCAUUAUAUUCGUUGCAUAAAACCUAACGAGGCUAAAGCGGCAUGGGCUUUCGAAGGUCCCAUGGUUCUCAGUCAGCUGAGGGCUUGUGGUGUUCUCGAGACCAUCCGCAUUAGUUGUGCUGGUUACCCAGGUCGCUGGACAUACGAAGAAUUUGCUCUUCGAUACUAUCUUCUCAUACCCUCCACUCGAUGGCAGACAGAGAUUAGGCAGCUAGUCAAGGAAAUUCUUGGCCAGGCUCUGGGCUCAGGAACAGGCACUGGAACCGACAGCUACCAGCUUGGUAUCAGCAAGGUCUUUUUCCGCGCUGGUAUGCUUGCCCAUCUCGAGAAUCUUCGACAAAGUCGCAUGAGUGAAGCCGCUAUCAUGAUCCAAAAAAACCUCAAAGCGAAGUACUACCGCCGAAAGUACCUCGAAGCACGAGAUGCCAUCAUUGUUUUCCAGUCGCUCAGCAGAGCAUACGCAACUCGAGCAAAGGCAAACGAACUGCGCACCGUCAAGGCGGCGACCACAAUCCAAAGGGUGUGGAAAGGGCAAAAGCAGCGCAAAGUGUUCCUCCGGAUCAGAAGUAGCGUCAUACUUGUGCAGGCAGCUGCCAAAGGUUACCUGCGAAGGAAGGAGAUCAUGGAAACCCGUGUGGGUAACGCCGUGAUCCUCAUUCAGCGAGUGUGGCGUUCAAGGAGACAGGUUAAAGCAUGGAGAAGUUACCGAAAGAAGGUUAUUUUGGUCCAGAGCAUGUGGCGCGGAAGACAGGCUCGGACGGAGUACAAGGGGAUGCGCGAGGAAGCUCGCGAUCUAAAGCAGAUUUCCUACAGGCUUGAAAACAAGGUUGUCGAACUUACACAGUCGUUGGGUACUAUGAAGACCCGCAACAAGGAUCUUCAAAGCCAGGUGGAGAACUACGAAAACCAGAUCAAGUCGUGGAAGAGCCGUCACAAUGCUCUCGAGACACGGACAAAGGAACUCCAAGCCGAGGCCAACCAAGCUGGUAUCGCCGUGGCCAAGCUACAAGCUAUGGAGGAGGAGAUGAAGAAGUUGCAAAACAACUUCGACGAGUCAACUUCAAGUGUCAAGAGGAUGGCGGAGGAGGAACGAGAAUUAAAGGAGUCUCUGCGUACCGCGAACGAAGAUUUAGAACGCAUCAAGCAAGAGAGCACGCUUCACGAAAACGAAAAGAUCAACUUGCGGGAACAACUCUCCCAGAUGGCCGAGGAGCUCGAGCUGGCGAAACGAUCAGCGUCAAUGAAUGGAGAGCUUACCAACGGCAACGGCAUUUCUGCUGUUCCCAAUGGUCUCAUCAACCUGGUGUCAUCCAAGAAGCCGAAGCGUCGGAGUGCGGGUGCCGAACUCAGCGGAAUGGACCGCUUCAGUGCCGCCUACAACCCCCGUCCAACCUCUAUGGCUGUCACGAGCGGGGCUCACCGGCCUGGUGUGGGCUAUAUCGCAGCUGCCGACACUAUCGAGAUGGAAUUGGAGAACCUCCUUGCCGACGAGGAUGGCUUGAACGAGGAAGUUACUUUGGGCUUGAUCAAGAACCUCAAGAUUCCGUCACCCAACACCAACCCACCACCUUCGGACAAGGAAGUUCUGUUCCCUUCCUAUCUUAUCAAUCUCGUCACAUCCGAAAUGUGGAACAAUGGCUUCGUCAAGGAGUCGGAGAGAUUCUUGGCCAAUGUUAUGCAGUCGAUCCAGCAAGAAGUCAUGCAUUACGAUGGGGACGACGCCGUCAACCCUGGAGCCUUUUGGCUUUCUAACGUACAUGAGAUGCUUUCGUUCGUCUUCCUUGCUGAGGAUUGGUACGAGGCCCAAAAGACGGACAACUACGAGUACGACCGGCUUCUGGAGAUCGUCAAGCACGAUCUGGAGAGUUUGGAGUUCAACAUUUAUCACACUUGGAUGAAGAUCCUUAAGAAGAAGCUGCAGAAGAUGAUCAUUCCCGCCAUCAUCGAAUCUCAAUCGUUGCCAGGCUUUGUCACGAAUGAAAGUAAUAGAUUCCUCGGCAAGCUGUUGGCCACUAACUCGCAGCCUGCAUAUAGCAUGGACAACCUGCUGAGCCUGCUAAACAACGUCUUCCGAGCGAUGAAGGCCUAUUAUCUUGAGGACAGCAUUAUCACGCAAACUGUCACCGAGCUACUCAGGUUGGUGGGCGUCACUGCCUUCAACGAUUUGCUCAUGAGGAGGAAUUUCCUGUCGUGGAAGCGAGGUCUCCAAAUUAACUACAAUAUCACUCGAAUUGAGGAGUGGUGCAAGAGCCACGAUAUGCCCGAGGGUACUCUACAACUCGAGCAUCUUAUGCAAGCAACGAAGCUUUUGCAACUCAAGAAGGCUACCCUUAAUGAUAUUGAGAUUAUCCAAGACAUCUGCUGGAUGCUUUCCCCCAACCAGAUCCAGAAGCUUCUAAACCAAUACCUGGUGGCAGAUUAUGAACAGCCUAUCAACGGUGAAAUCAUGAAGGCGGUAGCAUCCAGGGUGACGGAGAAGAGCGAUGUUCUUCUGCUGGCAGCUGUAGAUAUGGACGACAGCGGGCCGUAUGAAAUCGCAGAGCCCCGAGCGAUUACCGCUCUAGAAACAUAUACGCCGUCGUGGCUGCAAACCCCUCGACUGAAGAGGUUGGCGGAGAUAGUAUCUGCUCAGGCCAUCGCUCAACAGGAGAAGAUGGAGGCAGACGAGUACGAUAACGAUAAUGAACUAGCAGAGAUCGAGGAAGGGGAUGGGGAUAGUGCGUAGAGCCGCAAUAUCCACCACUUGCGACCUCUGCAAAUAGUACGCCUUCCGUUGACGACGUCGACGGGCCCAUGAGACUCACAGAUGGGUAGCUAGGCUUUUAAUGCGAACAAGUCUUUUACGUUAUGCGCAGUAUAUGAUUUUGAGCAGAAGCUCAUUUGGUUCGGGAAGGGGAAGACGAUGUCACCCAGUUUCAUGGAUAUCUAGGCACGAUUGAUUGACUUGAUUGAUUGAACUAGACGGGUCACGCGAACAAACACCACGCACUACACCAUGCAUGGGCUAAUGGGGCGUUUAAGUGAUCGCGUCUCUGUUGAUUGCUAUCUUCGUCGCUGUCGCUCUUAUUGUGGCCGGUUGCUACUACUUCUUUUUUUUUUUAGACAUUUGAGGUUCCCUUGUUGCGUGUGUGGGCCAAGGGAGGGAAAGGAGAGGGAGGAGGAGGAGGAGGAGGAGGAUGGGGGGAGUGUAUUAAAAGAUGGACAAAUACUGUAGCAUCUAGCUUAGGUGUAUGGGGCUACU